AUGGACAACGUCUCAUCUCUGGACUGCCUGCAAUUGGAUUCGCAGUCGGAGGUGCUCGAUAAGGACGCAGCUAUGGUCCCCCUCAACUGUGAUACACCAAUAAUCGGAAUCGAGGAAGAGAGAGAAGGAAGAUCGAAGGUUGAAGGAUCUAGAAGCGAAUAUUCUCCCGUGAGAUUAUUUGCACAAACAUUUGGUGCUUUCAUUGAGAGCACGAGUUAUACUCAACGCGUGCUCAAGGAAUCCGUUCCUCAUAUUUUCCAAUCCACCGAAGCCUUCCAAACAACCAUGGUUGGAAGCAAGCGCACGAGGAGUAAAACCGCCGCGAUGGCUCAAUCCGUGACGGCCCAAAGCCACUCCACCCACGAUCCCGCGAUCAACAUGGUGGCACCACCACCUCUCGCCACCGUGCCACCUACCGGACCCGCAACCGGAUCUAGCAACCUCCGUGGCACUGUCGCCGAACAUGGUGGACCCUCCCAUCAGGGUGGGCUCGUUACCACCACCGACUUAGGCCCGGUCUUGGAGCAACUUCAAGCGUUCCCUCCAUUGCCUCCACGCUCGACACACGCUCUCGCGUACACCUCUAGUGAAACCCUAGCCCGUGUGCAAUUGGGCUCCACACGCUUAUCUCCUCCCGAUCCACAAAGUCAAGCAAAUCUCAACCUGAGAGUUGACCAGCUACCUCAGAGAGUGGACGACCAAAACGCUCUUAUGAGGCAGCUCCUUAAUCAAAUAAGCGUGGCUCAAAAUCUUGGCCUUGGACAACCAGGCGAAGUGAGAAGAAUAGACGAACGCACCGGUGGGCAGCUCAACGGGCACCAAGCGGGUCGAGCAGGAGAGAGCAGACAAGGGGAUGCACAACCAUGUGAUCAGCUUGCCGACAUAUCGCGAGCAUCUGCAAGCCACACACAAAGCAACGUGCUAGAAAGGCUCGGCCCACGACUUGACGUCCGUGCUCGCCUGGGCCCGCAGGGGAAUGUACUUCAAAGGCUAGGUUCCCAGGGAGAUCAAACUGACAAUCGCCGCAAUGAGGAUCGUGAAGAAAGGCGCUCCGCUGCCCACUCGCAGAGAAAUAUUCACGAAAGGCUAGGCCCCCAGGGAGGUCAACCCGCUAACCCUCGCAAUGAGGAUCGUGAAGAGAGACACUCCAUUGCCCGCUCUCGAAGAACCAACUCUCGCCGUCAAGCUGUAGAAAAUCCCUCGCAAUCGCAGUCCACCAACACGCCUCCUAGGCAGCGCGGACGAGAGGACCGACCCUUGCAGACCAACGAGGAGGUCAAUCAGCGUCGCCCUAAUCGCAAAAGUCGCCAACGUGAUCGACCAGCACUGCGCGCAGAAGAUGUUGAGAAGCUUGUGAAUGACCGACUUCGAGACUUGAAGACUGGCGGGAACCUCGAGGAUGUACUACGUAAGGAGAUGAACCAGGCGAUCUCUACUCCUUUCACCCCUGAAAUCGAGCAGGCUGCUCCCCCGAAGCGAUUCUCAACACCUUCUUUUACGCAUUUCAAGGGAGAUUCCGAUCCCGAGAGCCACCUAAAACACUUCAAAAGUGUCAUGAUCCUCCACAAGGCCGACGACGCACUGAUGUGCAAAGCGUUUGCAAUGACAUUGCGAGCAACAGCUCAGGACUGGUUCCACACCCUGCCAUCUGGGUCGAUCAACAGCUUCAAGGAGCUUGCCUAUAUCUUCACUAAAGAAUACACUUCUUAUCGGACGAUCAAGAAGAACCCAGAUCAUCUGUUCAACCUGCGCAAGAAGCCCGACGAAUCCAUUCGAGAUUACAUCAAGAGGUUCAAAGCAGAAAAGGCCAACAUCGUAGGGUGCGACGACCGAAUCGCAUCAUCUGCCUUCAAGAAAGGUCUUCCAGCAGAACACGAGUUAUACCGCGAGCUGACUAUCACUCCCAGCCAGACUUUAGCAGAGGGAGAUCGGCAGACCCAACGAGCAGGCCUAAGAAGCGAUGGAUUUAGCAACAAGAACAAGGACAAGCGCAGGUCACACCCACAAAAGGACACUAAGGCAGGAGAGAACUACACCAAGUUCACUAUCCCUAUACAUCAAAUCCUAGCCCAUGUGAAAAACAAACCUUGGGUAAGAAGACUGCCACCCUUGAAAGGAGAUCCAGACAGGAGGGAUACUAGCAAAUACUGUGCCUUCCAUGGGACGCAUGGACACACUACGAACAACUGCUUCGCUUGGAAAGCACACCUCGAAGAACUCGUGAAGAAAGGUCACUGCACAGAAUUUAUCGCUAAGCAGGCCAUCCAACAUAUAGAGGACCGCGACACCGCCCAAGGAGCCGCCCCAAAAGAUCUAAUCGGCCUUGAUCUACCACACAAUGACGCUCUUGUCAUCAGCAUUCAAAUCGCUCAGGCCAUGGUCGGUCGAAUCCGUGCAGACGAGGGCAGUGCAGCCAACAUUUUACAAUUGACAGUUAUCCAACAGAUGGGCUUAGAGGCAAAGAUCAAUAAAUCAGCCAAGUCGCUGACUGGUUUCAAUGGAGCAACAACGGUUACCGUAGGCACGAUAGAGCUCGACGUCUACGCCCCACCUGCAGACCCAUGGAUCAACAAGAUCAACGCCAUCACCUCCGCCACACAUCAGAAGAUUCGCUACCCAAUUCCUUGGGGUAGGAUCGGCCAAAUCAACAGCGAUCAGGCAAUGGCGAGGAAAUGCUCAGCUCAAGGGCUGAAGAAAGGCAAGCAAACACAGUUCCUCCCUGUGAAUCAAGCAGAUCUAAAGGGAGUAGAACAAGCAGAUGAGAAAGCAGAUCCCAGAGAAACAGCGCGGAUCGGCUCGCGCCUAAGCCAAGAGGAAAAGGCAGAGCUUGUAGCCUUCCUCCAGAACAACAAAGACGUAUUUGCAUGGUCACCAUCUGACAUGCCUGGCAUCGAUCCCCAGAUCAUCUGCCAUCGCCUACACGUCAACCCAGCCAUCAAGCCUGUAGCGCAGAAGAGACGCAACUUCGCCCCCGAGCGAGUCGCCAUCAUUGAAGCUGAGAUCGACAAGCUUCUAGUUGCCGGUUUCAUUGAAGAAGUCUCAUACGCAGAAUGGCUGGCGAACGUUGUUCUAGUAGCAAAAAAAGAUAAAGGCCUGUGGAGAGUGUGCGUCGACUAUACUGACCUCAACAAGGCAUGUCCUAAAGAUAACUUUCCACUGCCGAGAAUUGACCAGCUCGUCGAUUCAACUUCCGGCAAUCAACUGCUAAGCUUCAUGGACGCCUACUCCGGUUACAACCAGAUCAUGAUGCAUGAAGAAGACAAGGCAAAGACCUCUUUCAUCAUCGAAAGAGGUACCUACUGCCACAAGGUCAUGCCCUUUGGGCUGAAGAACGCCGGGGCAACCUACCAAAGGUUGGUGAAUAAAAUUUUCAAGGAGCAAAUCGGCAAGACUAUGGGAGUCUACGUAGACGACAUGCUAGUCAAAGCUCCCGAGCGAGCAGACCACAUCGAGAAUCUUGCCGAGGCAUUCAGCAUACUCCGAAAAUACAACAUGAAGUUGAACCCGAGCAAAUGCACAUUUGGAGUCUCGUCCGGCCGAUUCCUUGGAUACUUAGUCACCCAAAGAGGAAUUGAAGCACAUCGAAAUCAAAUCAAGGCUAUACUCAACAUGAAAUCUACCGACAAAUGCAAACCAUUUUUCAAAGCCUUGAAGAAGGGACACAAAGAUAAGUGGGAUGACGAGUGUGAAGUAACUUUUCAAAACUUGAAAACUUACCUCACUUCACCUCCAUUGCUCUCAAAGCUGAUGCCAGGCAAAGACUUGUACAUCUACCUAGCGGUGUCCGACUCAGCUGUCAGCUCAGCUCUCAUCCGAGAAGAGCUGGGGGCACAACAUCCGGUAUUCUACACUUCAAAAGCUCUCCUCGAUGCAGAGACUCGCUAUCCGAAAAUGGAGAAGCUCAUUUUUUCGCUUGUGGUUUCUGCGAGAAAGUUAAGGCCCUACUAUCAAGCACACCGGAUAAUUGUCAUAACAGAAUUUCCUUUGAGAUCGAUCCUUCACAGCCCCGACGCUUCUCAGCGACUCAUGAAAUGGGCUAUCGAACUCAGUCAAUACGACCUCCUCUACCGGCCGAAGACUGCUAUAAAAGCCCAAGCUUUAGCAGAUUUUGUUGUAGAGUUUACUCCGACAGCCGAAGAAGAGAAGAUGGUUACGAAAAGGAAGGAAAAAGAGGACGACACCUCCCCCACCGAUUCGAACCUACCUAACGACAUGUGGCAGUUGCAUGUAGACGGAGCAUCAAAUCACAAGGGAGCGGGAGCGGGAGUCGUCAUAAUCACCCCAGACGGAACCUUGUUGGAACAAGCUAUCACACUUGGCUUUUCUGCUUCAAACAACGAGGCAGAAUAUGAGGCACUGCUUGCAGGACUACGCCUAGCGAAAGAACUGUCGAUCAAGAGACUGGCCGUCUACUCAGACUCCCAACUGAUCACGAAUCAAGCCUCAGGCAAAUACAUGGCAAAGCAUCCAAGAAUGGUCCAAUGCGUUGGCGAGCCUAGGAUCAGCACUGGACACCCAUUCAGACGCUCCAUCCCAGUUGAACACCUUGACCGGCCAAGCAUCGAAGAAAUAGAGCCGAUCGACUCAAUGCAGAUUGAUGAGGACCCCAGCUGGCAAGACCCCAUCAUCGACUACUUGGUGAAUGGAAACCUGCCAACGGAUAAGUCCGAAGCUAGGAAGAAAACUCUGAACGUAGGCUAUUUCUGGCCUACCAUGCGCCACGACUCUGCUGAAUAUGUCAAAAGAUGUGAUCGUUGCCAACGAUACAAGCCGAUCCCUAAUCUGCCUGCCGAAGUUUACCAUCCGCAAAACAGUCCAUUCAUGCAAUGGGCCAUCGACUUAGUGGGUCCCUUGCCACCGGCGCCUGCCAAGAAAGAAAUGAUGAUCGUCGCCACCGACUACUUUACUAAAUGGAUCGAGGCCGAAGCUCUAUCCUCUACUAAAGAAGCCGAUGUGGAGUGA